ACAUUCCACUAGUCAAGGCAGGAGGGGGCGUUGCACGCGCGGAUAACAAACUGGAGUAAAUUGGCUGUUGGCCGCUUCUCGCUAUGUGCUGCGCGACACUUACGUCAUUGUCACUGUAGUAAAGUUUAUUUUAAAACUACCAUCGAAUAAUGAGUGCUGCCACGUGAAGUUAAUCAAAAAAAGUAAUACAAGUCAGUGGCGAAAAAGUAACUGACACUCGUCGCUAUUUCGUAAUUUUGUUUUUUGCCCACGUUGAGAGUACUUUCAUAAUCGUUCGUCUCAGAUAACAUCUGUGCUAGAUUACUUGCCAAUCUUUGAUCAGAGGGUAUGUUUUUCAAACCUCAUCUUGCUUCGUUGUGGUAUUUGUUUUUAUAACCGGUGUUGUUUGUUUGGGUUGGCGGGUGAGUGAAAGUAAGGUUAAGGACGCAAGCUGGCAAAACUUCAGCAAGGUCACUCACGCUUUCUUGAUCACGCCAGCAGUAAUUGAUGAAUCAUAAAUUAGUGGCGUUAACAGCGGUUGUACUAGCGGGAGCUCAAAUGUAUACAGAACAGCCGUUUCCUGACGUGUUGCUGAAGUCUUAUCUUUCAACUAUAGGCGAUAAAUCGUACGACGUCACAUUGUCGGAGGACGAAAAAUAGACACUAAUUAUUGGAUACUGAUAAGAGAUCUGUAGUUGUGAAACCUGUUUAAGUGUGUUUGCGUACCAUCUUUUCAAAGAGAUCUGCUGUUCAGAAGUUUUGUUGGGAAUAUGUGCCUUCCAGCAGAGUGAGAGUUCCAGUUCCACCGCACACGCAGAGAGAGAGAGAGAGAGAGAUAUCCAAAAUGACAGAACAGAAAGGUAGGCCACAUAUCAUCGGAUAUUGGAUGUCGGAGAAGAAGAGGCAGAAACUGAACUGGACAGAAUUUGGAACUACGUGCAAGAGGCACGGAUUUGACUUAGUUAAGCUGGACUUGACGAGAUCACUAGAAGACCAAGGCCCCUUCUGUGUAAUCCUGCACAAGCUUACUGAUAUCAUUGUUCUUGCUGGUCAAGGAGAUAAAAAGGCAGAAGCAAUGGUGGAGAGGGUCGAGAGUUACCUAGAUGCCCAUCCGGAGGUGGCGGUCAUCGAUCCCCUGGACAACGUCAGGAAACUACUCGACCGAUUCCACUCGUACAGCAUUAGCUUGCGCAGUGGUGUCGAUAGCCUCGAUGCCUUCACGCCAAAUUUUGUGGAGCUGUUGUCUGAAGAUGUAGAAGACAACCUGAGACGGCUGAAGGAGGCGGGUGUCACAUUCCCAUUUGUGUGCAAGCCUUCUGUUGCCCAUGGAUCAAGCAGAGCUCACAAGAUGUGCCUCAUCUUCAACGAGCGUGGAGUACGUGACUGUCAGCCUCCGUGUGUGGCUCAGAGCUUCAUCAAUCACAACGCCAUCCUGUACAAGAUAUAUGUGGUGGGAGACAGGCAGCACAUCGUCGAGAGGCCAUCCCUCAAGAACUUCUACCCGUGUGAUCGAGACACGAUUUUUUAUGACAGCCACGACGUGUCGAAGGCAGAUUCACAGUCGGCGCUCUCCGUGCUGGACCCUGAGGACGCGGCAACAGUUCCCCAGCCACCGCCUCCGGACCCCGAGAGACUCCGGGCGGUCGUUGACGCACUACGCUCCAAGCUCGGGCUGGCGCUCCUCGGCGUGGACGUGGUCGUCGAGAACUGCAGUGGACGCAUCGCCAUUAUUGACAUCAAUGCCUACCCUGGUUAUGACGGCUUCCCCAACUUCUUUGAAAGCCUGAUGACGUGCAUACUGGGAGCCGUCGAGUCACACCGAACAGACGUGCCGGAUGCGGUCCUCUCCAACGGAUCGGACAGCUUCUCCAGUGGACCUGGCAGUUCUGCUUGCAGCAAAACUAGCAGCAGCACGAGCUCACCAGGUGACCAGGACGAUUCCGGCUUCGACACGGGGGGCGACUCGAGUGACGAGAAGAAGAAGAAGUGGGGCCGACGCCUUCGUGGGAGCGGCGGCUUCGCGGCGGUCGCCAGCAAGUAACAGCUCAGGUUCCUGGGGACAGUUGUGCCAGAUGAACUCCCGGAGCAGCUUUGUGUUAGCUGCCUCAGUGUGUACAUUCUCUUCUUCAUUGGCCACCAACAGAGACAGUGAUUUACAUUCCAGUUUCUGCACUUUUGUCUCUCUGGAACCUCUUCAGCUGACUUUUUUGUGUGUAUUGACUGUGUUUGAAACAGGAGGAACUCUGACUUUUCAACUGUGUUCAUUUAGUAGACAAAAAAAAGGGGAGAUAUUGCUGCAAUUUAAAAAAGUGUUACACCUCUGUUGCCUUCAAGAUACUGUUUCCUGAAUGAGACACUCUGAGUCCCAAGAACAAGUUAAAUUAUUGUAUUCAGAUCUCUCAUAAAGCAUUUAUGUAGUGUCUAGAAAUGUUUCACUAUUUUAAGCAUUUAUUAAUGUUCAAGUGUUCUUUAGGUAUUGCUUUUAUGCAACUGUCAUUUUAAUAUGUCGGGUCAUUGUCCAGGCUGUGAUUUGCAUUUGAGUGUGCCAUUCCAGUGUCUGUCGCCUUCUCGCUUUUUAUGCUUCUACUGCUAAACUAGAUGAUUCACUCACAUUUCUGUAAAAUUGGUAUUUCCCCAAUCUCCUUCAGGAAUGACAAUUUAUUAUAUCUUGUAACAGAGCUGGUGACAGCUAUCACAACAGUAUUAGAAUUUGCUUUUAGUACUGCUCCAGGUAGUAGAGUAUUGCUAUUCCAAAAUGUUACUUUCAGUAUUGCCAGGCCAGCAACACAACUGUGUUCUUAUUUCAAGUUGUUGAGAAUGUACUAUAAGUUGCACAAACAUCAUGUUCAUCUUUUAAAAAAACUCCUCCAGUGUUACAAAUAUAAUGGGAGUACAUAUUGCCUCUCUCAUUUAAAUAAUUCCUGUUAGAUUAGUGGAGAGUGGUUUCAUAUCUUUUAUUCUGUACAUUGCUCACAUCACUCCCAAACCAAGUGGUGGGUUAUCAUUUGUUGGCUGCUGCUGUAGGAACACAAAUGCCUGACAAACCUUAUAAGUGAAGUGUGUAAUGUUUUCUGAGAGGAAAAUGUUCUACAGAGAAAUUUGAUAUUUUUAAUACACUUGCCUGAAGCAAAUCACAAUACCUACCUACCAGUUAUUGAAACAGGAGGAACUAAGCUGAGCCUACAGAAAAAAAAGAAGAAGAAAAUAGAUGUUCAGGUUAGAGCUUUCAGAAAAUGCUGCUCCUUUAUGAGAAAAGGGGGAGGGGGGGGGGGGCACUGACUACUUCCUCAAGCUGUUGGAAAGAUUUCUAAGUAAAUUAUCCUUUACUUUCUUCUCCACUUAAAGUCUUACGCUCACAUGUCCCUCUUUCGUCAACUAUUUCCUCUCUCAAAGAAGGAAGCACUAAUUCCAAAAAUUAGCUAGUUCAAUAUUGUGUGCACUGCCCCGCUCAUUACCAUCAGCUUUAGGUCAGCCCUGAUUAGCUGGCUUCUGUUUCAAAAAUUCUCUUUCUGUUUUGUGUAGUACAAAUUUUGUUUUUUAGCAUUUGUAUUUUAGUUUGCAUUUCAGUUCAUUUCUUGGUUAUUAGUUUACGCAGCUAGUCCUUCCAGAACUGAUUGAUAAGAUAUUUUAUACGAAAAAGGCUGCUCUUUUAUUCACCGAAAUGAGGUCACAUGUUUUUGCAAGAUUGAAUUUCCUUUCUUCAUAUAUCUGUUCUGAUACCACAGAAACAUUUUACUGCAACAUGUACAUUACUUUUUGCCACUGUUGUCAUACUGCCAUUUUCAAAGUACCGAUGAGCAGCAAAAUAUUAGCUUACUUCAAGAGAACUACUGAUCCGAACAGUUAAUGUGAUGUGAUGUGUGUCAAUUCAGAGAGUAAAAUGUUUUCCCUGCUCUCUGCGACAAACCUGAUGGCUGAUCUUCCUAAUGUUAAAGGAGUUAUAAGAAAAGUAGUAGGUUCCCAGUGAAAUUCAGAACUGAAUCAUCUGUGGAGGUGAGGCAGUUGUAAAUCUUUGCAUUAAUUACCUUGAAGAUUUAUAGGUUGAUGCCAACAAACAUUUUAAAAUAUUCCAACCUUCUUGUUGUUUCUGUCAUCAUAGAGGGGCAGUAGAAUCUAAAAAUAUCAUUUCUCAGAUUCGAUGGAUUGUAGCAAUUUUGAAAUUAUGUUUUCAUAGUAACAGUAUUAUGCGUGUUACAGAAAGAUGGAAUGAUAUUCAAACAUUCAGUAGUGCUGUCCAUUCUGCAGAGAACCCUGUGACAUACUUAAUAUGUACAGUGGAUAAAUGCAGAUAUUUGCUAAAUUUUUUUUGCUGUACUUCUGUGCUAAGAACAUAUUAAAAAUCGCUUUGUUCUAACUUGUUGCUUCCAGUGAUAUUACUCAGCAUCUUGCACUAUCAGAAAGAUUAAGCAAUACUUGUUUAAAUGCCCAUAGUUUAUUAUAUUUCCAACACUACAAGGGAAUGACUUUACAUCUUGUGUAGAAAAAUUGUCGAUUCCAAUUUCUUCUUCUCUGUGUAGAGCCUGGUCAUUGACCUCAGACUAUUUAAAUAUUGGCAUUUACUAUUAUUAACUGAUACAGACUUAUGAAUUGUAUUAUAAAGAAUGCUCUGCUCGGUUAUAAAGAAGAAUAACGCUCUUGGUGUCCAAAGGGAAAAUUUUUACAAGCAUAACACACAAAUUCCCCAUCUGUUAGUUCAUAUAAUUUAGCUUUGAACUUAUUUUCAUCAAAUUAGUGAGCUAUAAACUGUACCGUCAAUUGCAGAAAAACAUUAUAUUUAGUGCUUGAGAGUACACGACUGUGAGAUCGAUGAUACAAAAUCAGCCAUUGACCUUUUUAGAUUGUCAUUUGCUCUGGGGGCUGUUUAUGAACAUACCACAAUAAGGAGACCAGGAAAUAUUAGUUUCCACUAUCUGUUGCAGUUGGUACAAUGCUCUUUUGAUAGGCUGUCAAAUUUAGCUUUGCUGGAUCUGUUUGUACAUGGUCAGUUUUAUAAUUGUGAGGAACCACAUUCAAGUUUCUUUACAAGAGAUAUGUAUGUUUCUCACAGUUCAUGGUGAAUUUCCAUUAUGUAUGCUCUGAACAGACUGUUUACUUUCACUGUCACACAGUGGCAGUGUGGAAGCUGGUAUUUGUGAUCUAAUCACAGUUAUCUAUUACUCUUUACAACCAAUUGACUCUUACUGUUCUGUGCACAGGUGGCUGAUGGGUGUAAUUGAUUCGAUAGAAAUCAAAUUAUGUUGACCUUUGUGUAUUAUUUUCAGGCCACUGCCAUCAUUAAUUAACAGACAACAUUAUGUUUAGUGUGUCUACAUCUAAAGACGCAGAAAUAAUGUGCAAUUAGCAGCUGCUGAAAUGUUAUGUGUAAUUCCCUUGGAAAUCAUUUUACAGAUUUCUUUAAACAAAAUACCCAUUAAUCUCUAUGUCAUCUGCUAACUUAAAUGGUAGUGAACAGAAAUUAUUCAGUACCUUUUGAUAUCAACUGAUUUCUAUCGAUUCAGCUAAUCCCAUUAGUUGUCUCACCAAUUAUCUUCUUGGAAUGUAUGUGUGUAGUAUUGAAAUGUUCUUUUCGUUAUUAUCCAUUCAGAGCAACUGGCAACAAAAUAUUGUUGCAGAGAAUGAGUGCAGUCUUACACAACUACAAUUUGACUGUGUUUUUUAUGCCUUACCUUCCAAUGAUUGACAUCACUGCUGCUUCCAAGUCUUUAAAAGUUUCUAUUACCAAAUGUAAACUUUUUGAAAUUCUCACUUUAUUUAGAACUCCAGUAAGAAAUUUUUAUCGGUCAUUCCUUUUUGAGAUGUAUAUUAAGAGAGAAAACAGACUGUUUGCAGAUGGUUGCCUCAGGUGAUGCAGUAGCUGUAUAUCCAAUCAGUCACUUAACACUUAAAAAUACUUUUUCUGUCAAGUAUCCUGAAUAACUAUCUAGCUUUUGUAUUUGGAAGGCCUACAUAGACUUUUUACAUUUCUUGUGUACCAUUGCAUGAAUGAUUGUUGCUGGAAGAGAUGUUUUGCAGUUUUGGAAAAUUUCCAGUUUUACAGUGAAAAAAGUAGAAAAUUGGUUGUUGUCGAACUCGAGUAGCAUUUUCUGCAGGUACUGGUAGUUUUAUACUUCAGGGUCCAAUAAUGCAACGAUGUGUGUUCUCUGUGUGCUAAAACUGAUGAUGAUGAUUGUCAAUUAGCAAUUACUGAUUUUUUUGUUGACUGUGUACAUAAACUUGUUUUUAUUGUGCCACAGUAGCGAUUGUUUUGCCUUAUUUCAGACAUGUAAAUUUAGAAUGUACUUUGAAGUUAAAAAUAUUUAUUACUUCUGUCAUAUUAUGCAGAAGUGGACAUUUAUAUCACAGAUGUGUGUUAAUUUGCACCACAUGAGAGGAGAAUGUUGUGGCAUGUGUGAUUUAUUUAGCAGGUCAUUGAUAGUAGUAAAUGUUACUGUGGUGAGUUUACAACAAACUUGUGGUGUUGGAUGCAAUGAUAACUUUUUAUUGCAGUGACAUUAAACUGUAUUUAUUUUUUAUAUAA